AUGCUGACUUGCAUAGCUUGUUCAAAGCAACUCAAUGAUGGAUCUCUUCAUCAAAAAGAGGAGGAAGAAGCUGCGCAAACACCUAGCACCAAACAAGCCAUCAAGACUCUCACAGCUCAGAUCAAGGACAUGGCAGUUAAGGCUUCUGGGGCCUAUAAGAAUUGCAAGCCUUGUUCAGGAUCUUCCAAUGGCAACAAGAACAAAAAGUAUGCUGAUUCUGAUAUGGGGUCAGAUUCAGCAAGGUUCAACUGGGCUUACCGAAGAACCGGGAGUGCGAAUUCAACACCAAGAAUGUGGGGGAAGGAAAUGGAAGCUAGACUCAAAGGGAUUUCCAGUGGAGAAGCAACACCAACAUCGGUUAGCGGUCGUACUGAGUCGGUUGUGUUCAUGGAAGAAGAGGAUGAACCUAAGGAAUGGGUUGCACAAGUUGAACCUGGUGUGCUUAUUACUUUUGUUUCAUUGCCUCAAGGUGGGAAUGAUCUCAAGAAGAUACGGUUCAGUCGUGAAAUGUUUAAUAAAUGGCAAGCCCAGAGGUGGUGGGCAGAAAACUAUGACAAAGUUAUGGAGUUGUACAAUGUUCAAAGGUUCAAUCAACAAGCCGUUCCUCUUCCAACUCCACCUAUAUCUGAAGAUGAGAGUUCAAAGAUUGAAUCUGCUAGGGAUAGCCCAGUCACACCUCCUCUAAGCAAAGAGCGUCUGCCCCGUCAUUUACAUCACCCAACAGGAAUGGGCUACUCCUCAUCAGAUUCACUGGAACACCACCAUAUGCAACCACAGCCUUGCUAUGAAACAAGCGGUCUGGCGUCAAAACCUAAUCUUUCCGACAUUGGUGUGCCAAAGACUGAAAGAUCAUCCAUGGAUGCUUCUGUAAGGACGAGUUCCUCAGAAGAGGAAAAUGAUCACUCAGGUGAGCUCUCAAUCAGCAAUGCCAGUGAUAUGGAAACCGAAUGGGUUGAACAGGAUGAACCAGGAGUAUACAUCACUAUCAGAGCACUACCAGGUGGAACCAGAGAACUCAGGCGUGUCCGCUUCAGCCGAGAGAAGUUCGGAGAAACACGUGCUAGGUUAUGGUGGGAAGAGAACCGUGCGAGGAUACAAGAGCAAUACUUGUGA